CUUUACAAUUUUUUUUCCACUUGUUCCUGUCUAUAUUUUCGCCACCCCCAUUUCUCAUUUUCUUCCAUUGUUGCCCCCUCUCCCUUCUCUCUCUCUCUAAAUGCCCUAAAAAUCCAAUAUAAAAGAUACCCUUUUCUCCUCCAUAGCCGCUAUAUCUCAUCUGAGUCCUCACACUCUUCUUCAUCCACAUCUAGUCAACAAUCAGUCACUGAAACAGAGAGGAUUCAAAGAAGAACUUCACAGAUCAUCUUUCUCUUGUUUUCCUCUUCAAAAUCCAUCCUCUUCCCAAGAAAAUCGUUUUGGAUUGGAAAAUGUUUUGUUAAAAACCCACAGAUUUUUAUUUUUUGUUGUUGGUAUAGUUAAGGAACAAAACUUUUUUUGUUGAUUGAAAGAUAAAAGAGUUUUUUUGAGGUAUUUCAAUGGCACCCAGUAUGGAUUAUGCAUUUUCUAGCCUUUUGUGUGCAGAAGACAACAGUAGCAUUUUUUGCAAUGAGGACAAUGAUGUCGGAUUUGGGUUUGUAGAGGAAGUUGUGGUGGAAGAUAUAUGGUAUCCUAGGAUUCAUCGAAAUUGUCAAGAAAACAGGAAGUUGUUUAAUGGGGAGGAAUUUUAUACUGGUGUGCCAUUGCAGAGUGAUGAGUGUUUAGUCUUGAUGAUUGAAAAGGAAUGUGAACAUAUGCCUGCUGUUGAUUACCUUGAACGGUUGAGAAAUGGGGAUUUGGAUAUUGGGGCUAGAGAUGAGAUUCUUGAUUGGAUUUAUAAGGUUCAUUCACAAUUCAAUUUUGGUCCAAUGUGUGCAUAUUUGGCUGUCAACUAUCUUGAUAGAUUCUUUUCUGCCUAUGACUUACCUAAGGAUAAGGCAUGGAUGAUGCAGUUACUUGGUGUAGCUUGUUUGUCAAUUGCUGCCAAAAUGGAGGAGACUGAUGUUCCUCUGUCUUUAGAUUUCCAGGGAGGGGAUACAAAGUUUGUAUUUGAAGCUAAAACCAUACAAAGAAUGGAGCUACUUGUGUUGACCACAUUGAAAUGGAGAAUGCAGGCUAUCACCCCAUUCUCAUUCAUAGAUUAUUUCAUCAAGAAGAUAAGUAGCGAUCAAAUCACUUCAAGAUCUUCAAUCAAUAAAUCAGUAGAACUCAUACUAAGCACACUAAAAGGAAUUCACUUCUUGGAAUUCAAGCCUUCUGUGAUUGCAGCAGCAGUGGCAAUCUCAUUUGCAGUAAAAACUGAGACAGUAGACAGUGAGAAAGCACUAUCUGCUCUAGUUCAACAUGUACAAAAGGAUAAAGUGAUGAAAUGUGUUAAAUUGAUUCAAGAAUUGUCAUUGCCAAGUGAUUUUGUUAAAGUUCCAAUUGCUUCUUCAAUCCCAUCUCUUCCUCAGAGUCCAAUUGGUGUGUUGGAUGCAGCAUGCUUAAGUUACAGAACUGAUGGCUCAGGAGUCGAGUCAUGCGCGAAUUCAUCGCAUAAUAGUCCAGUGAAGAGGAGAAAGCUAAAUAGACCCUGUGAAGUGGAUACUUAGAGAUGGAUGAAAUAUUAAGUGGAAGGAGGCCUUUUGUCAAGUUAUUAUGUUAUGGUUGAAUGAGAGUUUUGGUGUGAUCUUUUGAGAAUGCAAUGCACCCCCACAACUUAAUUUCAAAAUAAAGAAAGGAAAUAUUAUGAAGAAAAUGAAUAAACAUAUAAUGGUGUUGGGGAAAGAGAUUUGAGUAGUUGGAUCAUUUUGGUGGUUGGAGAUUGAAGAUAGAUAUAUAGACAAGAGGUUUCAUUCCUUUAACAAAAAAAAAAAAUUGGAGCUGUUAAAUAUUAGACUUCUUAACAGCUAAAGAAGCCAAGAUUAAUUAUUAGGCAGAAACAUAAGAUAAUGAGAAUGCCCAAAAAAAAAGAAAAAAAAGAAGAAGAGGAACUCUUAUGGUCUGUCUUGCUUUUGAGUUUAUAAUAGAUAAAGUUUGUUUAGCCUUUGGGGGCUCGUAUUAUUUUUAGAGUUUAAAAAUAGAAAAAAAAAAGAGAGGUGGUGGUGGAAGGUGAGAAUCUAUGAGAGAAAUUUUGAGUUAUGUUCAUGAGGCAUAUGAGGGAAGGAAGAGAAUUUUGAGUUGUUUAAUUUUAUUUGUUGUUAUGUGCACUUUUGCAUUAUGUAUAUACAUUAUGGCUUCUUUAUGAAA